GUUUUCCCGGCAUUGCAAGCUAUUGCUCACCACACGAGAGAGAAUAUUUCCCCUUCUUUUCUUCCUUUUGUUUUCUUCUAUCUCACCAUAGUUACAGAAUCAUUCCAAAAAAAACAAACAAACAAACAAAAAAAUCAAAAUUCCCAUCUCCAUUUUCUCUCUCACUCUUCAGGGCAACCGAUUCUGACUCUCAGACCUCGACAACUCAGAAUUCCGACGACAAUCAGACCGAUUCACCGGCGAGAUAAUCCUGUCGCCGGCCGCCGCCGCAUUUGAUUGUCUCUUGGAAUCUUCCUCAUGGCGGAAAUUGCAACACUAUUUUUUGAAUUCAUAAAGUGUGUAGCACCUCCAACACGAAGUUGUGUAUAUAAUCACAGAAAAUUCAAAGAAAAUGCAGAAGAUCUGGGAAUGAAAUUGAGAAUUCUUGAGGCCAGAAAAGAAGAUGUAGAAACACGGCUACAAGCCGAGGUUUGCUCAGAAAAACAGGCCAAAAAUGAAGUGGUGGUAUGGCUUCAAGAUGUAGAGAAGAUUAAUGCUGAAAUUCGAGAUGUUUUAAAAGAGCUGCCUGGUGUUUCAUACUUCUCACGAGCUCGCCUUGGAAAACGUGUUCGUAAAAAAAUUGUUGAACUAGAUGAUAUUCUUGGACGAGGGAAUUUUUCUGAAGGACUGGUAGUUAAUAAGCCUGCAACUGCUUUGCCUUUUCGGGUAGAGAAUCUAGAAGGCGAGGUUUCUGUGAAGGAAAAGAUACGGGGAUACUUGACAGGCAAUGAGGUCCAAAUGAUUGGUGUUUGUGGAAUCGGGGGUGUUGGGAAGACCACCAUUAUGAAGCAUAUCCAUGAUCAAUUACUAUUGGAGUCCAGAUUUGAUAAAGUGAUCUGGGUUACUGUCUCACAUCCACUCAAUGUGGGUAGAUUACAAGAUGAAAUUGCUAAGAGGAUGAAUGAAAGGCUCCGAGAGAAUGAGGAUGAACAAAGGCGACCUUUAGAAUUGAAGGAGAUGAUGGGAAGGGUGAAAUAUGCAUUGAUUUUAGAUGAUGUUUGGCAAGGAUUUAUGCUUGAAGAUGUUGGAAUCUUGAGACCAACAGUGGAAAAUGGUUGCAAAAUAGUUAUUACUAGUAGAAAGGUGGAUGUAUGCAAGUCCAUUGGUUGUGAAAUAGUUAAAGUGUCUCCUCUUUCAAAGGAAGAGUCUUUGAAUUUGUUCUUAGAUAAGGUGGGAAGGGACACUCUACAAGUUCCAGAAUUGGAAGGAUUUUGGAAAGCCAUGGUGGAGGAGUGUGCUGGACUACCCUUGGCUAUUGUUGUAAUAGCUCGGAGCAUGAGAGGAGUAACUAAUGUCCGUGAGUGGAGGCAUGCUUUAAACGAAUUACGCAGACGCGUAAGAGCUACAGCCGAAGGUUCAGAAGAUGAGAUAUUUGAGAGAUUGAAAUUCAGCUAUGAUCGUUUGCAAGAUUCAAAUAUCCAAAGUUGUUUCUUAUCUUGCUCGCUAUAUGCUGAGGACUAUGAAAUUGGAAGAGAUGUUUUGGUCGAACAAUGGAUUGACGAGGGACUUAUUGAAGAGUCAAGUAAACAAGUAAUGCUUGAUAAUGGACACUUCAUAUUAAACAAACUUGAGAACAACUGUUUGUUAGAGAACGGUCGUUCCAAGGACACUAUUAAAAUGCAUGAUGUUGUGAGAGAUAUGGCAUUGCGCAUCGGUCCUCAAUUUAUGGUGAAAGCUCGUAUGGGACUGACAGAGAUACCAGAUGAGCAUGAAUGGACUGAAAAUCUUGAAAAGGUUUCCUUGAUGGAGAAUAAAAUUUCAGAUAUUCCUCUAAACAUGUGCCCAAAUUGUCCCAUUCUCACAACCUUGAUGUUGCAAUGGAAUAGCGAAUUGAGGCAAAUUCCAAAUUGCUUUUUUGCAAACAUGCAAGGGCUCAAGUGUCUAAAUCUUUCUGGAACUAGCAUUGAAAGUCUACCUCAUUCCAUCUGCAAUUUGGAGAAUCUUACUACAUUGCUCUUGCAUUAUUGUAGGCAAUUAAAACAUGUGCCUUGCUUAGCAAAGCUUAAGGCAUUGAAGAAGUUGGAUAUGUUUAAAGCAGGAAUUGAUGUGGUCCCUGAAGGCAUUGAUAUGCUUGUAAAUCUCCAAUAUCUUGAUUUACGGUGUCCAAAAUUGGUGGAGCUACCGACACAAAUACUCGGUAACCUCUCUCACCUCCAGCACUUGACAGUAUAUUCCAACUUGACCACUUUAAAGAUAAAAGGAGAAGAAGUAAGAGGAUUGAAGAAGUUGGAGACUUUUCAAGCUCAAUUGUAUGACUUGCAAGACUUGAACAAUUAUGUUAAGUCUAAUCAUUUUAAAAGAUUGAGUAAUUACUGGCUUGUGGUUGGACAAGUGUACGAGGGCUUUGAUCCUUUUGUUAAUUUCUCUAAAAGAAUAAGUUUAGGAAAAUGUGAGAUGGGUGGAGAAGAUAGUGUGGUGCUUCCAGAUGACGUGGAGGAACUAUGGAUUUAUCGGUGUAGAAAAUUUAGAAGCUUAAGUGAUAUUGAUUCUCUCCAAAAAACAACUGAGUUGAGAAGAUGUAUUGUUACUGAGUGUGAAGAGAUAGGGUGUGUGGUUGACAUGGUUACGUCAUCAUCAUCUUUCAUUAAUAACCUUGAAAAGCUAUGGCUUGAUAAGUUGCCCAACUUGAGUGUUGUUGUGAACGUGGAAGGAGUAGAAGCAACUUCGCCUCACAUCUUUUCCAAUCUUAAAGUCUUUGAGAUGGAGGAAUGUUCUAGAAUGAAAAGGUUGUUUUCACUUGAGCUGCUGCAAGGCCUCCCAAACUUGGAGUAUAUUAGAGUUCGGAAUUGUCAACAAAUGGAGGAAAUAAUAGGGUGGGAAGGAGAAGAGGAAAAUCACACAGCUGAUGCAACUACUACUACUACAUUCACUCUUCCAAAAUUAACAGAUUUGAGGUUGGAGAAUUUACCAGAAUUGAAGAGAAUCUGCCCCACAAGAGGAGUAAUGGUUUGUGAUUCUCUCCAACAAUUAAUAAUAAGUGAAUGUCCAAAGUUAAGGAGGAUUCCCCUUGUAGGGAAUGUACGGCCAUCUCUUCCUGCUGCUCUAAAUAACAUCCUUAUAAGGCCAAAAGAAUUAUGGGAAUCACUGGAGUGGGACGAUCCCAAUGCCAAAAAUGUCCUUCGUCAACCCUUUGUGUAUUGAGGACUGCAAAUGGAAAGUUUUACAUCAAAUCAAAUGGCCGAGAUCCAAUACCACGGGUUGGGUCUGCAUCUUUGUUCAGCCUGUCAAAAGGAUCUCAUCUUGGAAUGGGCAGGAAAUUAAACCAAAAGAAUGGGUCGAUUCCGCACAUCUGCUUGACUUGAAUGUUCUUUCAUAAUCUUUGAAAUCUCUAUUUGUUUUUGAAUGCUAGUAUUAUGUAAAACCCCGUUCAUUUCUUGCUUCUUAUUUUGAUUAAUUUGUGUGAUGUUGUGUAAGUUACGUUAUACACUUGUGUGAUUGUUUUUUGGAUAUUAGUGUAAGUUAUAUUGUAUAGUUCUGUGAUUAUUC